AUGGCGUCUCGAUCAGCCCAGAUCCCUCGCUUCCUCCUCCCGCAAAGCAGCCCUGCCUGGCGGGCUGCCGCGGGUCGACCUGGCAGCUUUCCCAGGACUUUCACGCCAGAACAGACUCGGCUUCUCCUCCGCUAUGCGACGACAGCCUCAGCGCCAAAGGCGGCGGCCAAGCCCGUGAGCAAGGCUGCCCCAAAGACCACGACAAAGGUCACCACAGCAAAGGUCACGACGGCCAAGAUCACCACAAAGGCCGCGCCGAAGGCCACCCCUCCCAAAGCGACGACGACGACGACCAAGGCAGCAUCAAGGCCUGCGCCAAAGGCGACGGCGACAGCGACCACAACCAAGGCAGCCACCAAGACAGCUGCGGCCACGGCGAAGACAACUACAGCUACACCAAAGACGCCAGCCUCCAAGCCAGUCCUGACCACGAAGCCUGUCACAGCAAAGACAACAUACACGCCGCCGUCUCCUGCCGCCUCCUCGCCCGCGAAUCCUGUCAAGACUGCUCCUGCAGCGACGAGUACAUCUCGGCCAGUAGCGGCAGCAACCCCGCCACCAAGUCCGGCAACUACUGCAGCGCCCACAUCCUCACCAGCCGCAGAUGCGUCAGGUUCCCUGCCGGCGUCCCUGGCGGCUGACCGGGCUGGCCCGAUCAUCCUAGAGCAGCCAGAUGCCUUCAGACCGCCGUCACACGGCAAGAGGCUGCCGCGUGCGAUGCCGAAGCACUAUGGAGGCGGGCCGACGGCCGAGGAGGUGCAGGCACAGCGCACAAAGCAGUACCCGGGCAUGCCGCCGCCGGAGAAUACAUGGUCGCACUGGUUCAUCAACAGCCGGGGCAUCCACCUGUUCAUCACCCUGGGCACGCUGUCCAGCCUGGCCAUCUAUACUUUCGCCACAAACUUCCAGGCCAACUCGCAGUUUGCCGACAUGGUGCCGCCCAUCUCCGAGUUCCCGCGGCACCCGUUCCAGUACAUUGGCGUGUGCAUUGACGUGCUCAAGCUGCACGAGGAGCACGAGUCGGCCAUCACGGCCGAGAAGCGUCGCCAAAAGGUCGAGGACGUCGCCAAGCGCAACGAGUUCCGCAAGGCGCACGGCCUGGAGCCCGCGUCGGGGGUCGCGCCCUGGGCCGCCAAGUCUCCUGCUCCAGCUGCUGGUGAUGAUGUUGCGGCUGUGGAAAGCCAAGCCGCGACGACCACAGACGCGGUCUCGCAGCAAGAAGCGCCAGCUAGGGCUGACAAGGCCGGCCCAAGCUCGCUGGCAGAGACGGGCGAGUUCACCGAAGAAGGGAAGCGCAAGAAGUUCCUUGGCAUCUUCUGA